AGGUCAGAUAUUUUCAUAUUGUCGCUGAUGUAAUGAUUGUGAUGACAAGGUUCCGGGAAUGCUGGAGUGAGAAAAGACGUUGUUUGUAGGCCAUCGGCAUCGUACAGUACAAGCAUAUAUAUGGGAUUCUGUGUCCAGUCAAGUUAGUCUUUGUAUUGCAAGUGGUGGGUGGAAUGCAUACAAGGCGUUCUUUGACCAUUGACCAAACUGGAAAUCUAGGAAUUAGUUGUAUCAUUGAGAGCCUACUGGAAAUGUGAAAAUUCUUGCAGAAAUAUUGUCUUCCUCAGAAAAUUAUGCAGAAGAGAAUGUGUGUAAUAAUUUCCCAAGCAACACACCAGACAAGGUCUUACUUGACAAGGAAUGUUUCUCAGAAACAGAGUUACUUUAUUCCUAAUCAGCAACAAUUGCCUACAUCAUCGAACAGUGUUUCGAUGAGAAAGGACAAUAUUCUCAAGAGUGAUAUAGGUAGAAAUGUUUAUAUAAUGCAAAAACGGUCGCUGUGCACAAGAGUCAGGCACAGGGUUGUUAAACCAGGAACUGUGGGACCAGAAAGAUUAGUACCCCGUCACAUCCCAAGACCUUCCUAUGUGUCAGAGACUUGGACCCCUGGUCAGAGUGGCAUCAUCAUAAAAAAUGAGAGACAGAUAGCAGGGAUUUGGGAGGCGUGUCAAGUAGCAUUGAAUGUACUAAAUCUGGCUUCCAGGCAGCUUACAGUUGGUAUGACAACAGAUGACAUAGAUAAACUUGUCCAUGAAACCUGUAUAGCAUAUGGAGCCUAUCCCUCCACUCUCAGGUAUAAAGGUUUCCCUAAAUCUGUGUGCACUUCAGUCAACAAUGUGGUCUGUCAUGGCAUACCUGAUAACUGCCCCCUUGUGGAUGGAGACAUCAUCAAUAUUGAUGUUACCGUAUACUACAAAGGUUUCCAUGGUGAUGUAAACAAGACAUAUCCCAUCGGUUCAGUGGAUGAGGAAGGGCUCCACCUGGUGAGAAUGGCAGAACAUGCCUGUGUGACUGGUAUACAGGCCUGUGGACCUGGGGUGAAAUUUGCUGAGAUUGGCAAAGCUAUUGAACCAGAAAUGAAAGAAGCAGGGUUGACAGUAAUUCCACUGUUUUGUGGACAUGGUAUUGGGGAAGACUUCCACGAACCUCCAGAUAUUUAUCACAUUGCCAAUGAAGAAAGUGUAGAGAUGAAAGAAGGAAUGGUGUUUACUGUGGGUAAGUUCAGGCAUACAGAAAAAAGAAUGCUGAUAGAAGGAGAGCCAAUUAUUUCUGAAGGAGGGAGUAAUGUGGAGUUUCUAGAAGAUGGUUGGACUGUUGUAACGUCAGAUGAAAGUCGAACAGCUGCCUGGGAACACACUGUAGUGAUCACAAGGGAUGGAGUGGAGGUGCUGACCUUAUAGGGGAGCUGUCACGCAAUGCUAUGUGCAUCAACUUAACCUAUCAGUAUUUGGCCAGCAGAAAGAACCCAGAUAGCAAGAUACACAUGUAACAUGCAUGUAACAACCAAGGAUAUAUAUUGUUGGUACUUGGAUCACCAAUAAUUUUAUAUCGCAGGUGAUAAAGGUGUAUCAGCUCUUUAAAAGGCCACAGAAGUGUGCCUUUUCACCGUAUGUGCUGUAUAUUUAUUCUUGUAAGUUUUAGAAUACAUUUGAAACAAUGGAAAUACCAGUUAAGAGACUGUGAGUGACCAACAUUACUGCUGAGUCCUGCCAGUUUUAGCCAGAGAUGACCAUAGUGUUGUGGUGUGAACGCCUAAAAGAUGGUUUUUAUGGCAUGUCUCAGGGGGGUUGUCUCACAGGAAAGAGAAAAAUGUUUUUGAACAGUCUUUUGUUAUUUAACACUUAACAAAAGGUGUAUUCUGUUGACUGAACUGUGAUUCACUAAAUCGAAUGUUUACUUGUUAUUUAGUUUGAAUCUGGA